AUGGGGCAUACAAUUAGAGCUGCAUGCAGUUUUCAAGAGUUCCUAACAAACCAACAACCCAUCUGGUUUCUCCUUCUCUCUUCUCUUGGUUUCUUCAUCUUCCUCAAACACUCCAUCUCUUUAGCCAGAUGGGUCUUCAUUACCUUUCUCCGGCGAGGGAAAGAUCUGACAUCGUACGGUUCGUGGGGCUUGAUAACUGGUGCCACUGAUGGGAUCGGCAAGGCCUUUGCCUACCAACUAGCCAAGAAAGGCUUAAACCUUGUUCUAGUCAGCCGCAGCUCUAAGAAGCUUGAAUCAGUCUCCAAAGAAAUUCGAUCCCAUUUCCCCGAUGUGAAGAUCAAAACUAUUGCCUUCGACUUCUCAAGCAAUGAGGGUUUGGUUAAGUUGGUAGAAGAGGAGGUCAAGGAGCUGGAUGUGGGAGUGUUGAUAAAUAAUGUUGGAGUGACUUACCCGGCAGCUAGUUACUUUCAUGAGGUGGAUGAGAAAGUGUGGAUGAAUAUUGUCAGGGUGAAUUUGGAGGGCACUACUAGGGUCACCAUGGCUCUGUUACCAGGGAUGCUUCAAAGGAAGAGAGGCGCCAUUGUUAAUAUUGGUUCUGGGGCAGCCGUUGUGGUUCCUUCUCAUCCUCUUUACACCAUCUAUGCAGCUACCAAAGCUUACGUCGAUAAACUGUCUAGAUCUCUGUACGUGGAAUACAAGCAGUACGGCAUCGACGUGCAAACUCAGGUUCCGUUAUAUGUGGCAACGAAAAUGGUGUCGAAAGUUGCGUCAAUAGAGAAGUCUUCGUUGUUCAUACCAUCUGCAGAUGCUUACGCAGAAGCAGCAGUGAAGCGCAUUGGAUAUGAAGCACAGUGCACCCCGUUUUGGACUCACUCGCUUCAGUGGUGGUUCGCGCGGUUGGCCCCGGACUCUCUUCUUGAUGCUUGGCGGUUAUCGAUCGGUUUAAACAGAAGGGGAAGCCAGCUAUCUAGCUAUAGUUGA